CUCGUAAAGAAGCCCUCGAUCAGCUCGAUCUUCUCUGACUCAGUUGGCAACAUUGUGAAACGCGAGACGAGUUGAUGAAAAUGUGUGGUCGAUUUUGUUGCUCACUGGAUCCUGACACUUUGUGCUGCGCGUGCGGAUAUAAGGACGGCAAUGGCAAACAACGUAGAUUGAAAUGGGCUGAAACCGAGCUGAAGUAUAAUCCAUCCUAUAACGUGUGCCCGCGGGACGUUGUGCCCUGCGUGGCGUCCGGCUCACAUUUUGAGGGAGAAGAGGAGGAGAGGGUCCUCUGCGCCAUGACGUGGGGGAUGAUUCCACCUUGGCAUCAGGGGGAUUAUAAGAAACGUUCCAACAAGAUAGCCACUUACAACAGCCGCUUGGAAGGCAUACAGACUUCCACGGUAUACUCCCCGUCGCUGCAAAAGCAACGAAGAUGCAUCGUGGUGUGCGAGGGCUUCUUCGAGUGGAAGGCCGGUACGGAUAAUAAGCUUCGGAAGCAACCGUACUACAUAUAUGCGAGCCAAGACAAAGGUGUAAAGGCGGAUGAUCCCGCGACAUGGACCAAUGAAUUUUCCGAGACCGGCGGAUGGAAAGGUUUCAGAGUUCUGAAACUGGCUGGAGUAUUUGGAAUACACAAAACUGAGGAGGGAACCAUCAUACAUAGCUGCACUGUUAUUACAAGAGAGAGUAACAAGGUGUUGUCUUGGUUGCAUCAUCGAAUGCCAGUGUGUCUGACCAAUGAGGAAGAGUGUCAACUGUGGUUAAGUGAAAAUUUAUCGACAGACGCCGCUGUUAAAACGUUAAAUGAUAUGGUGUUACAAGAAACUGCUCUAAACUGGCAUCCGGUAUCUACGAUUGUCAAUAAUGGGCUCCACAAAACUGUUGAUUGUAGGAGAAAGAUAAAACCAAAAGAGAUCGGUCAAGCAUCUUUUAUGACUUCUUGGCUACAAAAGGGAUCAGCUACUUCAAAUAAAAGGAAAAGCGUAAGUGAUAAGGAUCCAAGCAACGAAGAUGACGAGAAUAUCUCAAAAAUUCGAAAAGAAAAUUGAAAUUCUUGAGACACCACUGGUUAAAUUUUUAUGUAUAAGAAUUUAUUAUUUUUUAUCUAAGAUCUGAGAUGUACUUUAUAAACAGUACGUCUUAUGAAAUUUGUUUAUAUAAUUAUAUUUAAAUAAAUUAAAUUGAUUUAACUAAUAGGGAAACUUACAGGAAAAACAGCUACCUCAUAGAAUUACACGUUUGUAUCAUAUAUUUAACAUUUCAGAAUAAAAUGUUGUUCCUGGUAAAAUA